CUGAUCGUGAGAGCGGCAACGUACGGUGCUGAUGUAACACACACCCAGGAACGAAAAGGUUAAUUUUAGUUCGUAAUUUUCACGCCGAUUUUGUUUCAACAUAACUCUAUGUGGAUAUUUCUAAUAGGCAGCAUCGGAAAAUUUUGAUAAUUUGUGUGAUUUCAAGAAAGACUGUAGUGGAACGCAAGCCAAUCUCAUUCAUCCUCGAAUCAUGUGUGCCUUCGAUUCAGUCCUUCGUCAAUGAAUGAGUGUUGAUAUAUCUUACACAUUUUGAGGAAAACUACUCGAGACAUCUACCAGUGACAUUUAUAUUCCAUAAAGGAUCAUGGCAAGUUUUCAAUAUGUCACACGGGGUGAAAUAGAAAAAGCCCCUUUGAUAGCAGAUUUAAAGAACCAGGCUCAUGUAGGACAAACUCACAAAGCUGGGAGUGAGUCUUGGACGUGUACGUUUGCACCAGAUAGGUCAUACUUUGCCUGGUCAUGUGGGAAUAGACUAGUGAGGCUUGUACCAUGGGAUCCGUACAGAAAUACAGUUGGUAUUCCGUUGAAAGCUGAACACCGCCACAAUGAUGAAGACAAUAACAACUAUAUGCAGCAUGUCCGGACUAUUGACUGUGGCGAGAUCGUCUGGGCCAUGGCGUUUGGAUCAUCGGUACCAGAACGAGCCAGGAAAAACAUUAAUAUUCACUAUACCAGAUUCAAUGUUGGUAAAAAAGAAGAGUUAGUACUUGCAACUGGUUUGCAUAGUGGUAGAAUUAAGACAUGGGACAUUCACAAAGGUGAAAUCUUACAUUACCUCAUAGACCACAAAGAAGUGAUACGAGAUUUGGCGUUCGCACCCGAUGGUAGUCUGAUGCUAGUCUCGGCGUCUAGAGAUAAAACCUUGAAAGUAUGGGACCUCAAUGACGAUGGUAACAUGGCGAUAACACUGAAAGGACAUCCCAAGUGGGUGUUUGGAUGUUGUUUUUCACCAGACACCAAACUGUUAGUCUCUGUCGGGAGUGGGAAAUCGAUAAUUUUAUGGAAAGUUUUAAAUUUACCAAAAGACUUAGUGUUAUGGAAGAGAUUGGACGGUCAUUACAAUGACGUAGUAGCAUGUAGAUUUUCUCCAGAUGGCGCACUGCUUGCAACGGCAUCAUGGGAUACCCGAGUUAUUGUAUGGGAUCCCUAUACCGGUGAAAAACUUAAAAUAUUUGGACAUGUAUUCCCUCCUCCUUCGCCUAUAUUUGCUGGUGGUGCUAAUGAUACAUGGGUACGAGAUGUGUCAUUCUCCCCCGAUGGUAGUCAUGUCGCUUCCAUUGCCGAUGACAAGUACGUGAGAUUCUGGUCGCUAUUUGAUACGCAGAUACCAGAGCAAAUAGCGAUUGUGCCAAACGGUUUAUGCUGUGCCUAUUCACCGGGCGGUGGAGUACUUGCUACUGGAACAAGAAAUGGGAAUGUAUUUUUCUUUGCUGCUCCGAUGAAAGUACAAACCCUUCAACACUUGUGCCGGAUCGUCAUCAGGAAAAUGAUCCAUGACACGAAUAAAAUUGAAAAACUGUUCAUACCCAAAAGUCUGAGAUGUUACCUGAGAUAUAAAGAAUGAACGGUGGAUCAAACCAUUCUGAACUAUAGGGAGGACUGCUUGGACUCACAGUGAUGUGCAGUCAUAUUUUACUAAACAUGCAUAAGUGACUUGACUCUCGCAGGAUUCACUGCGAUUUACAUUUUUUAGUAAUAUUUUAAGUUUACAGCAUUUAACAAGAAGACAUGGAAACAAAUUUCCAUGCAAUGUACGUUUUUUUUAUAUAUGGGUUGGCAUUUAAUGCAAUUUGUAAAAUGAAUUUAGGGGGGAGUGAUUUUAUUUACUGAAAUUCUAGUUAGACAUUGCAUUGCAGAUCGAGCAGUAGUUCAAAUGUUUGUCACCAGUAUUCUUUGUUUGCUAGAUGGUCUUUAUUUUAUGCCUUCAGUUGACAGUGUGACUGUCAAAGGUCACACAUCCUGGUACAUCAUGAGGGUAUAGAAAGUGCCAGGAUGUGUGACCUUUAGGAGGGAGUCAUAUGAUGUCAUGUGCAGGAAUUGUGGGAAAUAUGUUUUAAGAUGUCAAAUUACUGUGAUUAUUAACGUGUCCUAAUUAUUCCGGUUAUUUUCCGACAAGCAUGAUCUUUCUAUUUGGAUAUUUCCCACAAUUCAUUGCAUAUGUACACUAUCAAAUAUAUCGUAUAUUGGUUUUCAGAAUACACGUAUCAUCUCAGAGUGCAACCUUUGACUUUUGACCAAUUUCAACUGGUGCCACUUUUCACAGAUCUAUAGCUAGUAGGAAAUCAUGUCCAUUGGACAAUUAUGAACUACAACUAUAGAAAAAAUAUAACACCAAAAUUUAAGUGAAAAAAGGUGAUGUCUAAAGAAAUUCAGACAGUUUGUCCAGAUUUGUGUUUCCUGAUAAGUAAAUAUCGAUUGUUAAAAAUAAACAGAAGAUAAAAUAGACCACAAAUUCCAAAGUACAUUUGUACUUACCGUAUUACUAAACAAACAUUUAAUUCUGGAACAACUUUGUGUGAUCUACACUCACUGAAUUGUGAUUAAUAAUGCAUGAACUGCACAUGAUUUCAGUAUCCAUAUCUUUUAAUUUUUUCUCAGAUGGAAUUUCUUAGGGUUAGCAAGAUAACAAUACAUCAUGAAUAUUUCAAGUUUUAAAUAGUCAUACACUUCUAGGGUCAGAGUAAACGAGUACUUGCCAGGGGGAUUUUUUUUUUUAUUAUCUUCAUUACGUGUAUUGGCCGCAGACUUGUGGACGUGUAAAUAUAUGGUGAGAAGUGCUUGCAAGGAAAACAUAUUGAAAGUUUCCCGCUAAGGUUUUUUUUUGUACAGAAAGAAGAUGGAGAAAAAGAGCGGAUGUUGCUGUUCAGUGGAUCUUUUCAGCAACUUACAUAUAAAUAAAUGCUAUUUAUUAAAAUCAAAAUA